UCUAAUUUGUCUCCUAUUCCUCCCCAAAUCCCUAAUUUCCCAUUCUCGCUCGUUUCGAAACCCUAGAACCCCACCAUCUCUUGCUUUUCGGUCUCGAUCCCGAUCCGCUCCCUCUUCUCUCGAUCGCUCCCGCUGUUAGGGUUUGCAGAAUUAAAAAUGAACCCCCAACAAGGUUCACAGUCCAGAUCUUCUAGCAAUGGAUAUGGACGUCGGAGAGUUGAUCGAGAAAUGGGGCCCAGAAUAGAGAGUAAGAUACAUUCUGGGAAGCCAAUUUUGAGCAAUUCUCAUUCGGGUCUUGCUAAUGGAGGCGAAGGAGGAGGGGCUAUCAGCUCAUCAUGUGAUCGAUUAAUAUAUGUUAUGGCAUGUCUCAUUGGUCAGCCUGUUGAAGUCCAUGUCAGAAAUGGUUCUGUGAUAUCUGGAAUUUUUCAUGCAUCUAAUGCUGCAAAAGAUUUUGGAAUUGUUUUGAAAAUGGCUAGAGUCACCAAGGAUGGUUCAAUGAAAGGGCAGAAGCCCGCUCCCAUUUUUGUUAAAAAGCCAGAGACUAUGAUUAUACCUGCAAGAGAACUUGUACAAGUUCUAGCAAAGGAUGUACCUCUAAAUAAUGAUGAGCUCACAAAUGGGCAUGCUCGUGAUAGGCGUCAAGAUCUCUUGAUAGACUCUUCCAUUUCCCAAUCUCAGCAUGUGGAAUUAGAGAGAGAGCUAAAGCCCUGGACUCCUGAUAAAGAUGUCCCAGAAUGUCCUGAAUUGGAGAACAUAUUCGAUGGAUCUUGGAAUAGGAAUUGGGAUCAGUUUCAAACAAAUGAGGCUUUGUUUGGAGUGAAGAGCACCUUUAAUGAGGAGUUGUACACAACAAAACUUGAAAGAGGUCCUCAAAUGAGAGAACGUGAAAGGGAAGCAACAAGAUUAGCAAGAGAAAUACUGGAAGAGGACACCAAAGAUCUUCACUUAGCUGAGGAAAGAGGCAUCCAUUUCCACAGUGAUUUUGAUGUUGAUGAGGAAAUGAGAUUUUCAGCUGUACAAAGGGAUGGUGACAGCAAGGAAAAUGAGAAUUUGGUGCUGGACACCUACAAUUCUGAACAAUACAGAGCCACCUUCAAUUCCACUACAGUUCAAUCUAAUUCUGAUAUUUCAAGAAAAAAACCAAAUAACCAAGGUCGAACUUCAUCCAGUUCAUCUUCACUGGAUGAAGUACCAUGCUCUCAAGGCUCUGCUGAUCUGGAUAUGAAUCUUUCUGAUUCUUCCGAUCAUCUUACUCAGCCAUCUCAUGAUGGUAUUGCAAAGCGUUCCCCCUGCAUAGGUGAUGACGACAGGCUGGAUGAGGUACAGAUCAAAGAUCAGGAUGAAAAGAAGACUUCUUUGGACAACUUUAUAAGGGGAGCUCCAUCUGAGGAGGGUUCACAUACGCUGAAAUCUGACGAGGGACAACCACCAAGCAAUGUGAAGGGUUUGUCUCCUAGUGCGGCUGCAUUUGCCCCUCCUGUCCAAGAGACUAAGCACAGGCCUAGUGAACCUUCAGAGCUUGCAGUAACAGGAAAAAUGUCCACAUCUACUGAACCUUCGGAUCUUUCUCUACGGCCUUGUAGUUCUGCAUCAUCCGCUUCUGAGCGUCUUGGUGCCGGAUCAGUUUCUACAUGUCCAGGCUUGUCACCAAGCUCUUCCAUGGGAUCAUUAUCUUCAGAAAAAUCAACCCUAAAUCCUCAUGCUAAGGAGUUCAAGCUAAAUCCAAACGCUAAGAGUUUCACUCCAUCGUCCUUGAGGCCACAGGCAUCAGCUUCAGAGACCUCUUGCUAUUAUGCUAGCAACAUGCCUGCUGUUCCCAUGCACAGUUUGCCUAUGGGCAUAGGGAUUGGAUCAUUUGGUGGGCCUCCGACAGUUAUUUACAAUCCACAGGCUGCACAAGGGCAACCACCCCAGGCAUAUAUUCAUCCUAAUGGACCUCUGUUUGCACAGCAGAUGAUGCUGGGGCAGCCUCGACCGGUUGUUUACAUGCCAGGUUAUCCACCUGAUACGACACCGUAUAAAGGAAGAAACUUCUAGUCAAACAUACAGAAUGUGACAAAAACUCUAUUUGAUGAGUUGCUUACAGGGACACCAUUCUUCCUGUGCUCAUGAGUGCUAUACACUGGGACAUGACUGUUAAAGCAUGGGAUGAAGGUGCGCUGAAUUAUGUGACGGUGGAUUUAAUAAGAUCGGAAGGAAACUGCCUGCCAACCUUAAUCAAUCUGAUUUAUCCAGGGCAAUUGUAAAUUCAUUAAAUUCAACUCAAAUGUUUUUAUGCCCUGACAUUAGAAUUCAGCUUGAAAUUAGAGACGUGUGCGGUAUCGUUAUAUGUUGAAAGUUUGUGGUUAUAAUGUUCUCUUUCACAGGGUUGAAUGGAGAGCCUCUUUGGCUCAAGAUUUACAGGGUC